AUGAACUUCGUUACAUUGGAACAUAUUGGCUCUCUUUAUCCUGUGGAGAUGUUAAAAAAUAGGCUCAGCUACGCCUUUAGAACUCCUCUCAGUCCGAGUCAGCAAUCUGUCCUUUUGCGACACAGAUUUGUUCUGGUGACAGAGUCCAAUGGUCACCCCACUGGCAGACAGGGGACCAACUUGAUCUACAGAUUUACUGGGUAUUUACCUGUUCACCUCAUUGUACCUGAGUUUUUCAGGACCAAAGUCUACCCUGAUAUACCCUCUGCUGAGGAGAAGAAGGGGAAACCUCGAGACAGGCACAAGCCCUAUGCACCUCGCAGAGGGAAUGGAGCUGUCCUGUAA